ACGCCUCGCUGCCUUUGCUCGGCGAAUAGCAGUGCGCUGCCCGCCCGGAUUGGAGCAGCAGCAUCACGCUGACCUCUGCCUGGGAUGUAAACCCAGCCGGCCGCUGCGGGCAGAGGAAGACUCUCGACUCCUUCGGGAAAGCCAGACCCAAGCCUCAGCAGCCGGCUCCGACCAGCGUGCAAGGAGCAGCGGCAGCCUAGACCUGGGCAGCGCCCAGCGGCUGCUGCGGGAAGCGGAGGGAGCCCUGCGCGGGCGCGGGCGGGGAGCGUGCGUCCGUUCGCACAGGCAGCGGGAGGAGGGGCGGCGCGAGCCAUGGCCGGGGACAGCGAGCAGACCCUGCAGAACCACCAGCAGCCCAACGGCGGCGAACCCUUCCUGAUCGGCGUCAGCGGAGGCACGGCCAGCGGCAAGUCUUCCGUUUGUGCUAAGAUUGUGCAGCUCCUGGGACAGAAUGAGGUAGACUAUCGCCAGAAGCAGGUGGUCAUCCUGAGCCAGGACAGCUUCUAUCGUGUCCUCACUUCAGAGCAGAAGGCCAAAGCCCUGAAAGGCCAAUUCAAUUUUGAUCACCCGGAUGCCUUUGACAAUGAACUCAUCUUCAAAACACUCAAAGAAAUCACCGAAGGGAAAACAGUCCAGAUUCCUGUGUAUGACUUUGUCUCCCAUUCCCGGAAGGAGGAGACGGUUACCGUCUACCCCGCAGACGUGGUGCUCUUCGAAGGGAUCCUGGCCUUCUACUCCCAGGAGGUGCGAGACCUGUUCCAGAUGAAGCUCUUCGUGGACACAGAUGCAGACACCCGGCUCUCCCGCAGAGUAUUAAGGGACAUCAGCGAAAGAGGGAGGGACCUUGAGCAGAUUUUAUCUCAGUACAUUACGUUCGUCAAGCCUGCCUUUGAGGAAUUCUGCUUGCCCACAAAGAAAUACGCUGAUGUGAUAAUUCCCAGAGGCGCAGAUAAUCUAGUGGCCAUCAACCUCAUCGUGCAACACAUCCAGGACAUCCUGAACGGGGGGCUUUCCAAACGGCAGACCAACGGCUAUCUCAACGGCUAUACCCCUUCGCGCAAGAGGCAGGCCUCGGAGUCCAGCAGCCGGCCGCACUGACCCCCGCCCGUCUCCUGCAGACCCCCCGGCCCUAUCUCCAAGGAACAGGAGGGGAAGGGUCAGGAGGCACUGUUCAUCUAUACAUAUGGUUUCCUAUGACAUUGCUAUAUUUAAGAAAACACCAUGGAGAUGAAAUGCCUUUUUUUUUCUUUUUUUUUUCUUUUUUUUGGUACUUUGGAGCGGCGAAAUGAAGCAGAACUUGACCCCAAGCUUAAAAAUGACAAACUGUGCCAACUACUACUGGUGAUGCCUAAUUAUGACUCCAACGUGUAACCAGUUAUAAAUACAUGAUAUAUAUAUAUAUAUAAAAGGAUCUAUUUUUGUGUAAAUGUACAAAUACUGUACAGCUGUUUGCCGUAAGUAUUCUGCAGGGGGGGGCCUGUGUUUGAGUGUUUUGGGGACUGGGGCUGCAGUGUUCAUGAGGGGGAGUUGCCCGUCCCUUCCCAGGCAAGGCAGGCUCAGGCCUCAUGCUGGAGGGAGGCUCAUAGCUCAUGGCCUCGAGCGCCUGUGGAUGCCUUGGAAGUGGAUUUGGAACCUCUGGUCACCUCCCCUGACAAAUGCCACCUUCUUGGAGCUGGAGCUUUAGGAUAUGUCAACGAGAGAAACUCUUUUCUUUCUUUUUAUUGGCUUCUUUUUUUCUUUCUUCCUUUUUUUUUCAAGUCGAAAUUAGGCAAGACCUCAACUCAAAUAUCAAACUCAGGGAAGAGGCCCACUGAGGGGAUCGUUUUCUUCUUGCCCCCGCCCCCCCAACCUCUAGCUGCUUGGGCAGCCCCAUGAUUCCUUCCUUACCUGCUUCCCAGUCUCUCUGAAAGCCAGUGCUGCCUCUCCCUCCUUCCUGGGGAGGGCUUUGAUGGGGUUCUUCCUGAGAGAACGGGAAAGGCGGGCAUGGAACUGUGCCUGUCACCAGAGGGGCUGGUGCCUCCAGGGAAGUCACUGGUGGAGAGUCCUCAGGCCUCCCCUCAGCUUGUACUGCACACAGUGGACUUGCAGCCUGGGCUUGGGAUGGGGACUUUUGCAGCCAGCCCAUCCCAUACAGGGUGGCGAGAGAGCUCUGCCCUGUGGGGCAUCGUAGCUCCCCACCCUAAGACGUGGGGGUCAGCAGCGAGGUGAGGAGAGCACGGACCCUCUCUAGCAGCAUCUCAGCCGUGCCCAUGUAGUUUACCUACCAUACUGCCACAUGGCAGUUGCCGGGCACCAGGGGCAGGGAAGAGGCCUUGCAUUUUAAACUCAAAGUUGGAGUCUUAGACUGGGAGCAUUUGGGGUGGAGAAUUCCAGCUUCCUCAAGGGCUCCCUCUUGGUGGAAGCUUCCUUUAGAAGAAGUACAGAUUCCUGAAGAUUCCUGGUGGAGGAGUAGAGGAAGCGGGGAGAACAAGUCAGGUGGAGGAGGUAUGAUCAGAGUCCUAAAGCCUCACCUUGUUACUGCAGAAGAGCCAGAACCUUCUUAGCGGGGACCAUCUCCGUGCUUGUAGGCUCUGCCCUUUAUUCCCUUGUGGUGGCCACGGCCUGAAAUGUUUCUGGGGAACUCUUCCCCUUCUGUUGCUUCCAUGGCCAACGUUGGAGCCAUAGCUUCCACUGGAGCCUUUCAGAUAAAUCCGACGUUUUUAGUUCUAGUCACACCGAAUCGUCCCUCAGCACCAUCUGGUUUGCUUGCCCUUUGCUGCACUCCAUUUGACCCUGUGUUGGGCUGUGUCAAAAAGUCAAACCUCAUCCGCAAAAGGGCUUUGCCACUCCUGAGACAUUCAGGAGACUGUGCUGCAGGCUCUCAGGGAGCACCUGACGGCAGCAGCCACCUGGUUGGAACAAGGCGUGGGCAUCCGAGGUGCCUGUUCUGAAGGCUGGUACUCAGCAGAAUGGCUAGGUCCUGGAGUGCGUGUUUCAGAAGCAGUGUUGAUAAUCUUCCUAGUCAUGCCUUGUGCAGUUCUGAGAUGAAGGGUAGAUGGCAGGCCUGGGCUAGGAUCCUGAGGUCCUGAGGGCCCCCUGCCUUGUUGGGGCCUGUCUGUGCUCAGGGGAAGCCCAUCCCUGUCCGGGAGAGCCUCAGCCCUUCAGUGGGUAGCACGCUCAACCUUACUUGAAGCUCCCAGGUGCCAAACCGUUUAGUGCCUUGGCUGUCUAUCCCACUGCCUUGGAAAUGGAUUCUUCUCAUCUCUGAGCCUUGACUUUCUUAGCCGCUUCCUCAUUUCCUUGUGGUGUUGGGACCAAGCCUCCAGCAUCUCUGAGCAGCCUAGUCCUGGCUGGGAAACAGCUCCAGGGCUGCCCUGCCUUUCAGUAGAACCGUCACCAAUUCUUGGUGUCCUGGCUGGGAGCUCGCUGGGCUGUGCCGCCCACUCCUCUGGUUCUGUGACACACUAUGUCUGGGGCCAGGAAGGGUUAGGAAGUUCUGCCUCUCAAAGGCGACCACCCCAACAUUUAACCAACUGAGUAUCUGAACUUGAGCUUUCUAUGCAGCAAAGCCCAGACUUUGGUAUUUUCAGAGCCCCUGGAUCUCUGAUUCCCCUGGAUGAUCGGGUAGAAUCAUUAGGCCAGAAAUCAUGCCAUGAGUUAUCAGGGUGCUCUUUGCUGUCCAGGGAGGCGAUGUGGAUGAACAGAGUGGGGUAGUGUUCGUGGUGUGUGCAUGGGAGUCCCUAGGUUUCAGGGCCACCUGGGGGUACUUGCUUCUCUCCCGCUGCCCACGUGUUGUCCGUGGGCCACAUGUUGAGGAAACACUGGGAGGGCCUGGUCCCACAUUCCUUCAUGCUAAUGGAACUUUUUUGGCCCUGGGUUUCUUGUCUUUGGGCAUCCUGAGAUCAGGAGGAGCAGAGAGGUGGGAGGGUGUGUAUAAGGAAGAGGCAGGGUUGUGACCUCAGGUGUCCUUUGGUUUGGCGUGUGUAGAGUGGGCCCUCGAAGAGGUAGGGGUCAGACAAUGGGUCUCUGAAGAAUAGGCCAGGGAGGAUGGGAGGGAAAGGUCUCACCACUCUUCAGAACCAGCCGUCUCUGCAGCAACCUGGGGUCUUGGCUGCUCAGCGGCCAAGGAUGCUGGCAUCCCUCCUCUCCUUGUCUCUGUGUCCAGGGUGGGUUGCCAGUCUGAUGAAAUUGCUAGAUCACGCUGAAGCCUUGUGCAGGAGGGGCUGGAGCCCUGCUGGUUUGUGCAUCACCUCCUUGGCUGACCUUGUGCGCUUCCCUGAUUCAGCAACCUUGACCUGCGCUAGGGCCCAAGACCCCUAGAGGGAAGUAGUAGCCUCUUGCAGGGAGAUGUUUUCCUCUGCCCUGGAGUCUCCCACCUGCCUGCCAAGGACUGCAUGGGUGAGGCAGGCUAGGGAGGUUCUGGGUCCCAGGGCUGGGCUUUUGGGAAGGGCAGACUGGACUUUGUGGCCCCUCCUGCUCUUCAUCCUCACCUGGGGGUGGGGUAGGGAAAGUCUUGGUAUCCCAGUGUAUAAGGGGGCGAGCAGGCUGGGAAAACCAUUGGUGUGGUCUGUCUGGAGCCGAGUUCUCUUUGAUCUGGGUCUCUGGGCCUUCUGUGGCCCUCCUCGGGCAGGUGGCUGGUGAGCGAUCAGCAUCCCAGUUACCCUUAGAGGCUGUGCGUGCCUGCCUCAGCAACAGGGUGAGUAGGUAAAUGAACACGUAGGCUUUUUUCUUCUUUCAGAUGCUUGUGCUUUCCCCGUUUAUUUUCAACUGCCCUCUCUUUAUUGUUAGCAGUUAUGAAAAUGGCCACAUACUCUGUACUUUGCUGUAAAUAAAGACUGAGCGGAAAAGAA